AUCGUUGUCUCGUGUGGAAAUUCGCUAGCUCCAGAGCAGGCAAGUUCGCGCCAAUCACACAGCGGCUGACAGAGCGGACGCUGCGGCGACAAUCCUGAGCGACGUCUUCAAGCCGUCCCGGGCCGAAAACAAGGAGUUAUCGAUCUUCAGCGGGAACGCGCAUAGUGACAACAACAGCCAAGCCGACCAAAACACCGCCUUCCUGGCGCGAGUUCGCGUGCUCGAACUCACUGUACUCGGACGACGCGCUCGAAUUUCUCGCCAAGCUGCCAAACUCAGAAAGCGCGACGCACACGCCCUGGCUGAACCUCGAGAUACCGUCCUUCAGCCAGGCUCAGUUCCAGGAGAAAAACCGGGCGACGAUGUGCAAAUCUGUUGGCAAUGAUUGCUGACAAAGCCAAGAGGCUCGUCGACUCUGUUUUUACUUCUCGACGGACGCCUCCACACACGCAGAACAUGUUGUCUCCCUCCCGAGCCGCUACACAGCCAUAGAUGGAAGCGAACAAAGAGACGACCAAUCAACCUUGGCGUACAAGUCUAUGCUUCCCGCCACGCUUGCCACAUACAUCAGCUUCCUGUGGAUUCGCUUCCAGCGAACAUGUUCGAUGUGCGCUCAGCCACCAAGGCUGCGCCCACCGUCAACAUAGACGACGAUGACGACGACAACAGACUCGCGUCCGCCACCCUGGUGUCGGUCAUGUCAACAUUCGUGCUACGUGUGCAGCCCGUGGUGUUGCCCGCGCUCGACACUAAGAUGUAGAAGUAGGAUCCGGACCCGAGCCGGGCCUCGCUGCUCCACGUGAUUCUGUUGCUGAAGCGGGUGUGGCCAAGCAAGUAGAACGAGGGGCUGGGUGCGGUUAUUGUCGGUGGGCAUCGGGUAACGGCCAUCGCAAGGCUGCGGUGUGCGUCCACGCCUCCAUGCAUCGGUCCACGCAGUUAACGCCCGGAUGGACGGUGUUGUGUCGUGUGUCUGGAAGCGCAGAGUCACGAAAUAUGUUCGGACUAUCGGCGAAUCAGCCCCCGAGAGCGGCUCUGCAGGCAUCCUGUUUCUAUCGGAUCUUUACACACACGCGCGCGCACUGUUGACGAUGGGCAACGAGGAGUUCUCUGGCACAUUGUCAUCGACGGCUGUGCCCCGCAACCCGAUGAGGUUGGAUGAGCUGUCGACGUUUAGCUGGCUGUUGCUCGACAUCCCACUGUCAUGCCUUGGCUCCGUAGCAGGAUUAUUCCGCGGCUCACCAAACUUACACUACCUCUGUUCGAAGAUUUGCGCGGCGCUGCAGCGAUCAUCUCGAACAGCAUCUUCGAGCUAUCCCGGGCCGAAACGACGAGCUGGCGAUCUGCAGCAGGGAGACGUAUUCGCCGACGAUGAAUUCCGGCUCGCAUCACGUCUUGGACGAUGGGCUGCGUGGGCUGGCGGCGGAGGAUCCGAGACUGUGGUAGCGUUGGCAGAUGCACAUGUUGAAGGUCGGGUCGCAGUGACAUCAGAUGGACGGUCCUUCUUCACUCUGGCUGUAGGGCACGUCACUUCUGAGAGAAAUGCGGUUCCCAUCGGAAUGAAACCGGUUCUUCGCAAACCCUUUUCGUUCGGAUGGCUUGUAGAAACGCCGGGUGUCAGCCUGAGCUAUACUCGAGGCAAGCCCUGUGGAUCUUCGACACUGCCACGUCAAUUCGGCGGGACGACAUGAUGCACCAAAGCAGUCGAC